CAGACAGCGCAUUGGUUUACUGGAGACUGGGGGCUCCUAAGAGCUACAGUACUGCGAUAAUAAGGAUAACGAGUGAGCAAGAAAGGACGACUGACUACAGAAAGCGGUGAACACAAGGAUUUCUACCUUUUGAAGGAGGAGGAUUUGAGUUUUUAACCAACUUUUUGCGGACCUCCACCAUGCAGAGACCCAGUGGCCAAGGGACAGCUUUUUCCAUUGACUCUUUAAUUGGGACUCCCCAGCCCAGGUCGGGGCACUUGCUUUACACGGGCUACCCGAUGUUUAUGCCUUACCGACCGCUUGUCAUUCCUCAAGCCCUGUCCCAUUCGCAUCUACAGUCUAGCAUCCCUCCGUUGGCCCCACUGGCUUCAUUUGCCGGGCGCCUUACCAACACGUUUUGUGCCAGUUUAGGGCAAGGGGUGCCAUCCAUGGUGGCCCUCACCACGACGCUGCCCAGCUUUUCUGACCACCCGGAUAGCUUCUACCCACCCCAGGAGCUUCCCGGACCCCGGCUAACAGCUGACUUGACCAGCAGGAGACAAAAGAGCCAGGAUUCGGAUGAACUAUCUGCACGAGACAAGGCUUCAGAACUUCUCAACUUCUCAGAAACUUUUCAAACUAUAACAGGUGAUACCAAAUUGUACAGCUCAGAUGAGGAGAAAUUGGACGUGAAAUCAACAGAGACUCCCUGUAGCGACAGAGAGGAGGACAGUUCUGCUGACAGCGAGAACGAAAGCUUCUCAGACGGAAAUAACUGUGUUUCUUUAUCCCAGAAGAACAAAAAUAAGUCUGCGUCUCAGGAGCCGCUACCACUGGGGAACUCAACUGGGAAAAGCAGACGACGUCGGACAGCGUUCACUAGCGAGCAGUUACUUGAGUUAGAGAAGGAGUUCCACUGUAAGAAAUACCUCUCCCUCACUGAGCGCUCUCAGAUCGCACAUGCACUCAAACUAAGCGAGGUCCAGGUCAAGAUCUGGUUCCAGAACCGCCGGGCCAAAUGGAAACGGAUUAAAGCCGGUAAUGUCAAUAACCGAACAGGGGAACCUGUCAGGAACCCCAAAAUUGUAGUCCCCAUCCCAGUCCAUGUGAACAGGUUUGCAGUAAGGAGCCAACACCAACAGAUAGAUGGGAGCACCAGGCCUUGAAAGUUACAUUGGACAAAAAAACAAACAAACAAAAAAAAAACACUUGUAUUGUAAACAACAGUGUACACUGUACAAAUCCAUUUGAACAUGGAGUUAAAUGACAAUAACAUUACAGCAACCACCAGACUCCAAAAUAGCCGAAGCUAACAAAGGUGACUGAAGUAAUGAGCAUUGAGAGGCUUUUCAAACAGCAUUAUUAAAUUACAGCCUAUAGCUAUAGUUUACACAUAAUUAGAGAACACAGAGAAAGAACAUUUUGCAAACAUGCAAAAAAAGUUUUGUUGGAAAACACAAGACAUUUCAGCUUGUAGAUUGGACAUCCUUGUUAUAGGCUACUGUACAUCAAAACGCAUUGGUGUUUUAUUCACAUACACCUUACAGCUCUGAAACAAAAGUAUGGUACCAACCUCUUCUGGACUCUUAAACCUGCUACAAUAGCCUCAGUUAUAGUAUUUAAUGACAUUGGUCAUACUGAGUACUGAGUAUAUAUAAGGAGUAAAAAAAAGUCUAUUUGCUAUACUUCAGAAAGGAAGGGAGCCAACCCAAGAGAAUCGAAAAGUCUGGAAAGUAAAACAUCUGUCAGCUUAACACAUUAUGGCACUGAACUUAAAAAAAAAGGUAGGCUACACAAAUGAACUUUGCUGAAUUAAUUUCCUAAUUUAAAUAGUAACCUCGUUUUACCUAAAUAUUCUUUGGGGAUAUGUAAAUGUUUACCUAUUUAUUUUUUUUGUAAAAUAUGUAAAUUCUCAAUAGUGUCGGGAUAAGACACAUAUGUGCACUAAGAAAUGAGAUUGUAUACAGUUCUUUUUUAAAUCAUAAUAUUUAUAUGUUGAAAUGUGGCAAAACACAGUUAUAAUUCUGUUUCUGUUCUGAAAUGUUUUCUGUAUUAAUUGUGUGAAUUUGGCGCAUGCUAACUUAAUUGUAAAAGCUAUUUUCUUUUCUACUCCCUUCCAUUUUUUUUUUUACUGUUGUGCAAUUUAUAGUUCUGUGAAUAUGUUCUUAUUAUUUACAUAGUUAGCAUGUGGAGCAAAUGUCUUCGUUCACGUUUCCAGUACAGUUUAGAAAACGUAUUCUACAGUUGUAUGUGAAAUCAAAUGGUAAAAAAAAAACUAAAAAAAUUUCAUGAAACCAACAUGCCAGUAUGUAUAUAACGUUUUUAAAUGUGAUUUCAUAAAUCACACAGGUCUAUGUAAACAUACAUGUACAUUUGUGGUUUCAAUAAAUU